GCCAGCCAGCAAGAGGGGCUGCCACAUUCCACUCGGUCCACUGGCCAACUCCCAGUCCUCUGCUGGCUCUCCUGAGGAUGGGCGCGCUUCCCCACCGAAGCUGGGUGCGAUGCCGCACCCCGUGUGUGACCUAUGUGACCUGCGUGGGUAGAAUCCUGGCUUGUGCCUCCUUUCUCCUGGGCUGCUGGGGACUCUCCAAUUUCCAGCAGAGCUUCCUUCAGGCUCUGCAGCCGGAGGACGUGCUCUCCUACUUUGGCCCUGCUGCCUCCCUGAAAGUGCCUUGGUUUGACGUGGUCCCACUCACCUGCGUCUGUGAGGACAGGCUUGGGGGGCUGCCCUGCAGGGCCACACGCUGUUCUCUGAGUGCCCUGGGAGAGCUCUUCAUCUUCUCCUUCCGGCCCGAGUGGGGCAUCCUCAUGCCCUCCUUCACCCGUGAGCGUGUGGUGAACGCCUCCCUCCGGCUGCUGGCAGGGCCCCCAGACCACUGCUUCACGGGAGGCCGCGCCCUGCUGCCCCCUGGAACAGCAGCCAGGGUCACAUACUGCUCAGGUCACUUGGAGGGCGACAUCCUGGUGGGUGUGCACAGGCUGUACGUCCAGCCGGUGCGGAGGCAGCACCAGGGGCUGGUGCCUCACUGGAGCCAUGCCCAGCCCCACCUGGUCCACAGGCUGGCCUCCACGGCCCCAUGGUUCCUACCAGGCCAUCUUCCUCUUGGCCUCCAGAGACAAAGGCGGGCUGCAGUGGGCAUCCUGCAUCUGGAGCUGCUGGUGGCCGUGGGCCCCGAUGUCUUCCAGGCUCACGGGGAGGACACGGAGCGCUACGUGCUCACCAACCUCAACAUCGGGUCGGAACUGCUGAGGGACCCGUCCCUGGGGGCUCAGUUCCGGCUGCACCUCGUGAAGAUGAUCACUCUGACGGAGCCCAAGGGUGCUCCGAACAUCACGGCCAACAUCACCUCAUCACUGCUGCGUGUCUGUGAGUGGAGCCAGACCGUCAACCCUGCAGACGACACGGACCCUGGACACGCCGACCUGGUGCUCUACAUCACCAGGUUUGACCUGGAGCUGCCUGAUGGUAACCGGCAGGUUCGGGGGGUCACCCAGCUGGGAGGUGCCUGCUCCCCCGCCUGGAGCUGCCUCAUCACUGAGGACACCGGCUUCGACCUGGGCGUCACCAUUGCCCAUGAGAUUGGCCACAGCCUCGGCUUAGAACAUGAUGGUGCACCGGGCAGUGACUGUGUCCCCAGCGGCCAUGUGAUGGCUGCGGACAGCGCCAUGACCACCCCCGGGGGCUUGGCCUGGUCCACCUGCAGCCGCCAGCAGCUGCAGCACCUGCUCAGCGCAGGCCAGGCGCACUGCAUGAGGGACUCACCACAGCCGCAGCCUGGGCCCGUCAGUCGCCCUCCAGACGCACAGCCGGGACUCUACUAUGGCGCUGAUGAGCAGUGCCGCGUGGCCUUUGGCCCCAGCGCCAUGGCCUGCACCUUUGUCAAGGAGCACCUGGACACGUGCCAGGCUCUGUCCUGCCACACAGACCCACUGGACCGAAGCCGCUGUAGCCGCCUCCUCAUUCCUCUCCUGGAUGGGACAGAAUGUGGUGUGGAAAAGUGGUGCUCCAAGGGUCACUGCCGUUCCCUGGCGGAGCUGGCCCCCGUGGCGGCCGUGCAUGGGCACUGGUCUAGCUGGGGCCCUCGCAGUCCUUGCUCCCGCUCCUGUGGAGGAGGGGUGGUCACCAGGAGGCGCCGAUGCAACAACCCCAGGCCUGCCUUUGGAGGGCGUGCGUGCAUCGGUGCUGACCUCCAGGCUGAGAUGUGCAACACCCAGGCCUGCGGGAAGACCCAGCUGGACUUCAUGUCAGAGCAGUGUGCCCAGACCGACGGUCAGCCUCUGCACCUCUCCCCAGGCAGCGCCUCCUUCUACCACUGGGGUUCCGCUGUGCAGUACAGCCAAGGGGACGCUCUGUGCAGGUACGUGUGCCGGGCCAUUGGUGAGAGCUUCAUCGUGCGGCGUGGAGACAGCUUCCUGGAUGGCACCCGCUGUGUGCCCAGCAGCCCUCAGGAGGCCGGGACCCUGAGCCUGUGCGUGUCGGGCAGAUGUAGGACGUUCGGCUGUGACGGCAGAAUGGACUCCCAGCAGGUGUGGGAUGCAUGCCAGGUGUGUGGAGGUGACAACAGCACUUGCAGCCCACGGAGCGGCUCUUUCACAGCCGGGAGGGCCAGAGAAUAUGUCACAUUCCUGACGAUCACGCCCAACCUGACCAGUGUGCACAUCGUCAACCGCAGGCCUCUCUUCACACACCUGGGUGAGUUGACCAGAGGGCACUCCACCGGGGGGGGGAACAAAAGCCUCUCUCCCAGUACCACCUACCCCUCCCUCCUGGAGGACGGCCGCGUGGAGUACAGAGUGGCCCUGACCGAGGACCGGCCGAUGCCCCGGCUUGAGGAGAUCCACAUCCGAGGACCCCGCUGGGAGGACAUGGAGAUCCAGGUUUACAGGCGGUACAACGACCAGUACGGCGACCUCACCCGCCCAGACAUCACCUUCACCUACUUCCAGCCUAAGCAGCAGCCGGCCUGGGCGUGGGCCGCCGUGCGCGGGCCCUGCUCGGUGAGCUGUGGGGCAGGGCUGCGCUGGGUGACCUACAGCUGCCUGGACCAGGCCAGGGACACGUGGGUGGAGGCCACCUGGUGCCGAGGGAACCCGCAGCCGGCAGCGUGGCCGGAGUCCUGCACCCCCAAGCCCUGCUCCCUGAACCUUCACACGUCAGACUUCAGAGAAGACCUGGCCUCGCAAAAUGUGACACGGGCUCCAGGAGCGAGGGGACUGGAAGCCCCUGCGACGGCGGGACCGUGCCCCACAGACGGGAAGCCACCUGUCCUCAGGACUUGCGGUGCAACGGCGUGUCCUCCAGGCUGGGGUGAUGUGGACGCUAAGUCUCCAGGGGCGGACUCUCCAUCAGGCAGUGCCACGCCGGGGGCUCCCACUGUGCACUUGUGGACCCCUCUAGCUGGGCCCUGCUCCGUCUCCUGUGGACACGGCUUGAGGGAGCUGCGUUUUGUGUGCAUGGACUCUGCCCUUGGGAUGUCUGUCCAGGAAGAGCUGUGUGAGCUGGCACGCAAGCCUGAGGGCCGGCAGGAGAUCUGCCAGGCUGCCCCAUGCCCUGCUCGGUGGAAAGUCCUGUCCCUUGGUCCGUGCUCAGUCAGCUGUGGCCUUGGCACUGCGAGUCGCUCUGUGGUCUGCACACGGUUCGCCCGUGGCCAGGACACUGAGGUGGACGAGGCGGCCUGUGCAGCCCUGGUGCGACCACAGGCCAGCGUUCCCUGCCUGGUUGCCGACUGCACCUACCGGUGGCAUGUCAGCCCGUGGACAGAGUGCUCCGCCUCCUGUGGGGAUGGCACCCAGCUCCGGCAUGACACCUGCCUCGGACUGGCCCAGGAGCCCGUACCGGCCGUCUUCUGCCAGCACCUGCCCAAGCCAGCAACUGUGCGGGGCUGCUGGGCUGGGCCCUGUGUAGGACAGGGGACACCCAGCCCGGCACCCCACCAGGAAGCCCCUGAUCCAGGCCAGACCUCAGCUGUCCCUGCUGGCGCUUCCCAGGAGUCGUCCUGGCCCCUCUCCCCAGCUCCCCAGCCUCAGGGGCCAUUGCCCUGGCCUCAGGAAAGACCCGUGGAGUACAGUGCCUGCGGCAGGCAGCACCCGGAGCCGACAGGAACCAUCGACCUGCGAGGCCCCGGGCAAGCAGACUGUGUGGUGGCCAUUGGGCGGCCCCUGGGCGAAGUGGUGACGCUCCGAGUCCUGCAGAGUUCCCUCAACUGCAGUGCGGGGGGGCUGCUGCUGCUCUGGGGCCGGCUCACGUGGAGGAAAACAUGCAGGAAGCUGCCCGGCAUGACUUUCAGCUCCAAGACCAACACGUUGCUGGUGAGGCAGCGCCGGCUGCAGCCUGAAGGUGGGGUGCUGCUGCAGUACUGGAGCAGGACCGCCCCGGGCUCUUACACAGGAUGUGACGUGCAGCUCUUUGGCCCUGGGGGGGAAGUUGUGAGCCCCUCUCUGAGUGCAGAUGGGAGGAAAGCAGGGGGCUGCCGGCUCUUCAUCGAUGUGGCCCCUCGGGCCCGGAUUGCCAUCCAUGCCCUGACCACCACCACGGGCACCGGACCCCAGGGGAACAACGCCAGCUACAUCUUGAUCUGGGACACCCACAGCCUGAGGACCACAGCAUUCCGUGGGCAGCAGGAACUGUACUGGGAGUCAGAGGGCAGCCAGGCUGAAGUGGAGUUCAGCGAGGGCUUCCUGGAGAUGCAGGCCAGCCUGCGGGGCCGGUACUGGACCCUGCCAUCCAGGUUGCCUGAAGAGGACGCAGAGCGGGAGCCUGGCAGGACCCUGCCCUGAGCAUGGCCCUCAGUGACCCCAGUGCUGGCAGGGAAAGGGAGGGUCUUUCACUUGAACAGCUGUGAGGGGUCUGGCAGCUCUGGAGGGUCAAACUCUGGUUUCUGAGUGCUUCCUGCACUCAGAUCUUUACGGUCUCGCCAGUGUGCAAAAGGCUUUGAAAUGGGUGGGGGAUUCUUCAGAAGGGCAGCCCCGGGGUACCAAUAAAUGACUGCCAUCUU